AUUGUGACUUUGUGGUAAUGUUGAACUCUGAAAAAAUUCCGGUCGCCUCGCGCUUUUCAACCUCUCCUCGUGUUCUCUCUCUUGCUCACUGUGCAAAUGCCAGUGAUGAUUCGUAAGUGAAUUUACCGGAAGGAAAUUUCCCCAAAAGGCUCCGAAAAUAAAAUUAUUUUCUGAGCUAAUUUUGGAGGUUAAGUGGAGUGAGAAAGAUGUAUGUUAAUCUUGUGAGUCAUCUAAAUUUUGAGUGGUCAUUAAGUAAAGAAAAAAAUCGAUGAAGUAUCGAUCUCAGUCGUACGAAUAAUAAGCAGGUGCUAUGUGAAGGAAGUUAUUCAUGAAUAAAAGGGCGGAAAAAAGUUUGGGACAUACGAACUGGGGUAUUGUGACGUCACAAUUAGAUGAAGAAUAAUGACGCUUGAUUGGACAAACAGAAAUUACUCUCGCUGUUUAAAAUUUUCGUUUAUCCUUGAAUAUUGUCAAUCAAAAGAUUAACAACAGUCAAAAAUCUAGAAACUUAACAGUUCAAGUGACGUGGAUGAUAUCGAAUAUCGUACAUACGUGCGUCAUAUGUGAGUAAUUAGAGAGAGAUUGCGAGUGGAGGUUAGAGUAAAAGUAAAAAGGAAACGUCGUCGUGGAAGUUGCAUUGAACCGGGGACGGUAACGUCAAAGAUUUUGCACCAAUACAACAGAGUGCAAUGUCAUUCCAUCGCGGCGGUUCAUCAGAUAUCCUCGCAGUUCCUUACAAAACAAGUUCAAUAGCACCGCUAUUGCCAGAUGGACGACUUAACAGCAGUAACAACCGAAACGCAGCCUCUGGAAUCGGUAGUCCUACAACUUCUACUAAAUACAUGUGUAGACCACCUGGAGAAUUUAAAUGUUCUCUAGUUGGUUCUUCAGUUUAUGGUACAGCUGCAUCAGCAGCUCUAAAGAAGAAUAAAUGUUUACCUACCAGGCCAAACUUGCACAGUGACGUCAGAUCUGAUACAGCAGCUGUUAAACUGCCGAAAUAUUCAUCAUCGUCAUCAACAAGCCUUGUCUCACCUUAUUGUUUUGAUAACUCCUGUGACACUGGAUUGAGUUUCACAAGUAACAAACUGUCCAAGUAUUCAUCAACAUUGAAAUCUUCAACAUCACCACCAGCCUUGUCAACAUUGUCAUCUUCUUCACAAGACCGUAAAAGCUUUUCUGUAUCUAGUAGUUUCUCUGAAGAAGAAUUGAUGAAGUAUUCACCGGGCAAUUAUACAGCCAAAAUUCACCGCGACAAAAAGAACCAAUUAAACGGCCACCGCAAGACUGUUUCAUUCUCUGAACCUCUAGAACAACUUCCCGGUGGUGACGAACGUGAUCGUCGGGACCGUUCAUAUUCAAACGAUACGUCAAUUUCAACGGUUUCAGAUAGAUGGUCAUCCAAUAGAGAAGUUAAAAGAAGAAAUAAUCUAUUGAACACAGUGCACGGUGGCCACGAUCAGAUCGACUGUGCUGCAGCAUCAAGCGAGGUAACUCUUCAAGAUCAAAACGGAGACAGUGAUAUACCGAGAAAUAGUCACGAUAACGUCAACAAUAUUAACGUGGACAAUGACAACAACGGAAAUAACAAUGACCGAGACAAUGAUACUUUAGAUGAGCGUAAAGUGAUCAAAGAUCAUGAUGAUAACAUUAACAAUGAUGACAAUUUAAACCACCACGGUCACCCGACGUCGGCCGAUAAGUCGCGAAGAUUAGCUGUUACUUCAUCCUCAUCUUCUUCGCUGUCAUCAUCAGCUUCACUCACUGAUUCAAUUUGGACCAGUUCCCCCGCUACUGAAUCUUGCGAUUCGUCUGCUACUACUCCUUUAGCUGCUCCACAAACUAGUAUUGACAAUUUUUACUUGUCGGCCACGUCUGGUGGUGGUAGUGGUGAUCCCCAAGUUUUUUCGUGGACUAAAACACCCAUUAAUCCCGAUAACACGGAGCUAUUCACUAACAAUAAUGAUCAGGACUGCAAUUCCCCAAUAUUUGGGGCUGUCCAGAGUGAGGUCUCUCCUGGAGAUACUUUGUUUGAGAGGCAAGCUUCUGUAUCUAGUGCUCGCGUAAAUGUUCAUGGCUGUGCUGCGCAGUGGACUAAUGCCAACGACUCCAAUGGUCAUCAAAUCAAUGAUGAAGAGAAUGAAGAUGGUAUUGAUGGUGGAUUUGAAGCUAAUUUAGCUUCUAGUGACAUUUCUGUUGAUAAAAUAAAUCUCGAAGAUGUACCUUUGGAUGAUACUCUCAUUUUGAGUGCGUCAGAUGAUGUGUUCAAAACUCCAGGUAGUCUAGAUGACAAUUUUAGGGUUACAACUAGACCAACUGGUAAUCAAGAUGAUUUGCCAAAACCUUCAACAUCUAGAACUGUCUUUGGAGGUUGGGAUACACACAAUAAUGAUUUUAAUACUUCAUCAACCAGCACUACUCAACCUAUUGAUGUACACCAACCAAUUUAUAGAGGAUUCAAUGAUCAGUCUGAGGAAAGUUCUACCUCAAGGUCGCCGAGAAAUCGAACUUCAGCACGACGAGACGAGAGUCAUGGUCUAAAUGGAUUGAGAAACAUAGGAAAUACUUGUUUUAUGAACAGUGUAAUACAAUGCCUGAGCAACACGAGACCUCUUCUAGAAUAUUUGUUAAACGACAAUUAUUUAGCCGACAUAAAUGUAACAACGUCCAGCAUGAAAGGUGCCUUGAUAAAAGCUUUUGCCCAAGUAAUUCAUGAACUAUGGGGAAAUAGUGGUGACCAUGUAGUGAAUACAAUUUCACUGAAAACUCAAAUUCAACGAUUUGCUCCUCGAUUUAUGGGUUAUUCCCAACAGGAUGCUCAAGAGUUCCUUAGAUAUUUAUUGGAAGGUUUACAUGAAGAUGUUAAUCGAGUUGUAAUAAAACCACAACCUAUUCUCACUGAUAUCCCGGACCAAUAUACAGAUGUUCAAAAAGCAGCAGAAAGUUGGAAACGAUAUCUUCGCAGUGAAGAUAGUACUAUUGUUGAUGUAUUUGUUGGACAAUUACGUUCGUCAUUGCAUUGUACUUCCUGCGAUCAUGAUUCAGUAACAUUAGAUCCUUUCUGGGAUUUAAGUUUACCUAUUCCUGUUAGAAGUGGAACAGUAAAACUUCAACAGUGUUUAGAACACUUCACCAAAGUGGAAACAUUAGAUGGUGAUGAGAAACCUACGUGUUCUAAAUGCCAGAUGAGGAGAAAAUGUACAAAAAGUUUCAGCAUUCAAAAGUUCCCCAAGAUCUUAGUUAUCCAUUUGAAAAGAUUCUCUCCAACAGAAAGAUUUCGAGCAAAAUUGAGCGUUUUAGUGGACUUUCCUCUAGAAGGUUUGGACCUCAGUGCCUUUGCAGCUCCGGGCGUGGCAGGUUGUACGUACAAUUUGUAUGGUGUAGCCAAUCAUUCGGGUACUCCAUACUCAGGUCAUUAUACCGCCUACUGUAAGCAUCCGUACUCUGGAGAGUGGCAUGAAUAUAACGACAGCAGUGUAUCCUCAGUCUCUCAAAGUUCGGUGGUAUCCAGUGAAGCAUACGUCCUCUUCUAUGAACAGCAACCACUUAGUCAUCAUUUGUAACCACACGCCACAAUUAGCGUACACGACCAUCUUGCCUCGUGAGGAUUUUACCUCGGUCCAGCCUGACAAAUGCGACUCGACCCCAGGCGAGUGCAGCAAAACACAAAUAAAACAAUAAGAGCAGCUUGACAUCCGGAAGAAAAUUGAACCACGAAGCGUUAGUGUAAUAGAAACGUAAAAGCACUAAUGGUGACGGUUUUAGGUACUGUGCUAGCUGGAGAAUAAGCAUAAUAAUAAAUUAGUUGAACAGAAAAAUAUUAAAAAUAGAAGGACGGGUCGCUGCAUUUCUUUUUGAUAUUUACUUUGCUUCCUCUUUCAUUUAUUUAUCAUGAAUUUAUUAAAAUAAUUAUAAUAAAUACACUCGUCUUUUUAAUCAAUUAAGAUGGCAAGGAUAAAUCAUUUGAAAAUGUAUUAUGUAUUUUUAGAAUUGAAUAUAUUUAAUUUAUUUAUUAACAAUAAAAUAACUAUCAUGCGUUUACUGGCUUGAUAAAAUGGAUGGAUUAAAAAAAAAAAAAAAAAAAAAAAAAUUAUAGUGAAAAAAAGGGAUAUUUUGUGCAACGAAAUGGAGGAAAAAUUAUGAAGGAAAUAUAAAAAAGGCUUUUAAAACAUUGUUUACACUUGGAGCAUGAAUUAAUCAAAUUUCCGGAUGUCUAGUUACUUUUUUAAAGAAAAUUAAAAAUUAUAAUAUGAAUAAUAAUUAUCUUUCUCACAAAAUCCAUUUAAUAAAUCAGAAAAAAAAUAAAUAAAAAUGAAUAAUAAUAAAAAUAAAUAAUAAAAAUCAUGAACCACCUGAUAAAUUUACGGCUAUAUUUACUUUUGUAAAAUACUUUGUUUUAUUUCCAAGCAGUCAGUGUUAUUUAUUUAAUUUAUGAAAAGAGAAAGAAAACUACAAUAAAAUAUUAAUAUAUUCGAUACCAACGGAUAUAAUAUGAAUCAUAUAAAUAUAUUAUUAAUUAAUUCAUCAUUAUUAUUAAUAUAAUAAUUAUUAUUACUAUUAUAAUGCAUGACAAAUACCAAUAAAAGUAACAGACAUUAAUAAGUACAAGCUGUCCAGUCAAAUUAUAAUAAAUGUUUUAUCUCUAUUAUUUUAAACAAAAUAAUAUAAAAAUUCCUGUAAUUAAAGAAAAUCAAUUAUUGUUUAUGUUUUGAAGAAAAAAAAAAUUAAUUCUUGUAGUGAAAUACCUUAUUUGAUUUCAUGAAAAUUAAUUAAAAUCGCUUUCUAAGAAAUAUUUACGAACAGCCUGUAGUUCGUGUUUAAAUCAUUUUUAAAUAUUCAUUAAUAAAUUUUUGUGCAGUAAAAAAUAA